AUGGUAGUUACGCGCAAAGGACAAUCAACAACGACUCAAUCAAUCCCCAACCCCGAAAGUAAUUCUGUCAUGACCAACCAAGAACGUUACCCGUACGGAAUGCCUCAGACCCAACCGGAACCGGUGGUGCAACAGGUCCAGCCGAAUACUGACCAAGCUCAACCUGACCUCCGGGAGGACUUGCGCGCAUUACGCGAGGAAAUGGCGGCCAUCCGAAGACAAAGAGAAGCUGAUGCCCGAGAAUUGGUCGAGCUACGUCGGCAAAAUGUCGAACUCCGGAACCUGAACCAAACUUACGUGCCAUCUACCCCCACACUCGCAGAAGAAUCAGCCUAUCAUGCCCCAACCGACCAGGUCACCCGAACACCUACUACAUCUCUGAUAGGCAACAAGGCCGACACCAACGUUCAUUCCCUAAGACACCCUUUCUCACGAAGGAUAAUGGAAGCAACCUUGUUAGAUCAUUGGAAGAGUCUCCCAAUUGAGAAGUACGACGGAUCCACCGACCCUGACGAACACCUGAAUGUCUUCUUGACACAGGCGACCCUCUCCACUCAAGACGACUCGGCUUUGUGCCGGAUAUUCCCCACGUCGCUGAAGGGAAGGGCCCUGAGUUGGUUCACGAGGCUGCCAAGCUCAUCCAUUGACUCGUUCAACGAGUUGUCAUCCCAAUUCACUCUCCAAUUCGAGACGAGCAAGCCGUACAAGACGACCUCGUUAGCCUUAGCGGGGGUCCGUCAAGAGAAGAAGGAAAGUCUGAGAAGUUUCAUGGACCGAUUCAACAAGAUUGCCAUGGAAAUAGGCGAUCUUAACCCGGCCGUGGCGUUGGACCGACUGAGCACCGCCCUGAGGCUCGGGCCAUUCGAAUAUUCACCUUUGCAAGAUAUCCCCACACUUUGA